CGCUCGAUUUCCUCUCAUCAAUAUUUGAAUGCAUGUCCUUGACAAGGAACGAAAAACUAUGGUUUCCGCCCGAAAACUGCGAUGACCGUGUGAGAAAUCAGUUCCAAUGUCGCGAAUGCGGUUGCCACUCUCCGUACACAACAUGUGCAGAUCGCGUCAAUUCUUAGUUUGCGUUUAAAUAUCAAAGGCGUUUUCGAAUGCAACAAAGGACUUGGUAUUUUGGGAGUUAACGCGAUCAUAUAUUUGUUUGACAUUUGUUGGUGCCCGGGGUCAAUGCAACCUCCGAUCUUCUGACCUCUAACUGAAGAAUGAAGAGAAGAGUUACAGAUGACCUGGUUGUACCCGGAAGUUGUACGAGUGGUAGCCGGCGCAGUCGAAGACAACGCAGCAAUGAAGACGAAGACGCGAGCACUGCCGGGAUGCUGUCCCCGUCCAGUUCCAGUUCCAACCCACCAUCACCAUCAUUGUCAUCUGUAUCAUCUUCCCCGUCACUGUCGUCAGUCUCUGCUUUCUACCCGACAUCAUUUGCCUCCCCACUUUCAGCGUUGCCACAGCGGUUUGGAAGCUCUCUGUUUGGUACCGCACUUUCACCCACUUGUCCGAACGGAGCAAAUUUUUUGCCUCCGAACGUUAAUCCCCAUGGAGCUAAGAGAGCAGGACCAUACCUGCUAGGACCAAGGCUGGGGAAUUCUCCUGUAAGGAGUAUUGUACAGUGUCUGGCACGAAAGGAGGGCACUGAUGACUUUUUUCAGCUAAAGAUCCUUACUUUAGAUGAAGAUAUAAAAGAAACUCAGGAUGAGAGACAAGGAAAGAUGUUACUCCACACUGAAUAUUCCUUGCUGUCUUUAUUACAUAACCAGGAAGGAGUUGUACACCAUCAUGGAUUAUUUCAGGAUAAAGCAUAUGAAAUCAAGAAACAAGAGACUUCAAAAAGUUGUGCCAAUAGCCCGGGCAAUGUUAAAAGAAGAAUAUGUCUUGUUUUGGACUGUCUGGUGGCACAUGAUUUUAGUGACAAAACUAUCGAUUUGAUGAAUUUACAGCACUAUGUGAUCAAGGAGAAGAAACUCAGCGAAAAAGAAACUAUAAUUAUAUUUUUUGAUAUUGUUAGAAAUGUAAAUAGCCUACAUAUGAAAAAUAUUGUACAUAGAGAUUUGAAAUUAGGUAACAUGACUUUAAAUAAACGAACACGACGAAUCACAAUUACCAAUUUCUGUCUUGGUAAACACUUGGUGAGUGAAAACGAUCUACUGAAGGACCAGCGAGGUAGUCCUGCUUAUAUCAGCCCCGAUGUUCUCAGUG